GCCUCCGACGCGGAAGCUGCUGAGCUCAGCUUGGCAGUGCGAGAAGGACGUGUUUCUGAGGUGGAGGAGAUGCUGAGUCGGCCCUUGCAUCCAGACUCAACCUCCAAAGAGGUCUGGUACACGCCUCUGUAUGCUGCAUCUCACAAAGGGGAUGUCGGGAUGGUGCGUUUGCUGCUGGAGGCCUCAGCCGACAAGGACGACACGAGGUGUCACGGCUUCACUCCUCUCGGCAUCGCCUGUGUUCUUGGCCGUGCAAAUGUUGCAAGCGUGCUGCUGGAGGCCGGCGUCGACAAGGAUAACUACUGCACAUGGGAAGGGCACACGCCACUGGGGGCCGCAGCCGACCACGGCCGCGAGGCCACCGUGCGCUUGAUGCUGGAAGCUGGCGCGGACAAGGAGAAGCCUUGGGGAGAUGGGAUGACGCCGCUUGGAGCGGCGGCUCUGAAGGGCCGCCUCAAGGCUGCACGCUUGCUCCUGGAUGCCGGCGCGGAGAAGGAAUGUCGGUGCCAGGGUGGUGCCACACCUCUCGGACUUGCAUCCAGCCAGGGCUUUCCGAGUCUUGUGCAGAUGCUCCUGGAGGCGCGAUGGUACGACCCCGCUUGGCGUGGCUGCACGCAAAGGUGCAGCAUGCCACAUGUCCAUUGCCCGUUUGCUCUUAUCGGCCAGCGCCGAUAA